UCCUGGGCGCCAUGUCGUGCUUCCAUGGCGUAGAUUUUUUGCGCUGAGACACGCUGGUGCUUAUAAGUGGCUUUUAGCAGCAGAUUCACCCUCGUCAUCCUGGAGUUCUCGAGCUUGCUGGCCAGCCAGCUUACUACAUAUAUCCUCGUAAAUGUAGCAUCGAACGUCUUACAUGAAUAGCAUUCUAAUCAUGUAUUCUGUUUGUUUCCUCUUUCUCAUAUCGGCUUAUUAGGGGUUGUGCUUGUGGUUUGGGGGAUUCUAGAAGGGUAAGGAAGGACAAGUAUGCACAACUCUGGGAAAUUAGGUCCCAGUGUAAUCCUUGUUUAGCAAGUGGCUGUUAUUGAUCGAUUACUUGGUUGAGGUUUUAGAGUAAUCUGUGACUGUAUAUGAAUAUUUUUUGGGUCUUCGGAGCUUGUUUUCUGCAAGAUAGUGAGCGCUAAGAGUAGUAAAAUGUGGUUUUCCUGUAUCAGCAGAUGCGGAUGGGUUAAUGAGGUGUCGAAGCUCGUACAAAUUCUGGGGAUUAAAAUGUUACACCGGAAAAUUUAGUUAUAAAUUUAACGGCCUCUCUGUUGUACCAAUCGAUGAGGUUGUUGCGAAAUACGCGCGGGCUGAGCCGAUAUGGCAGCUUGUGUUCUCCGUAAUCUGCGAUCAGAAUAGAGGUAAAGUUUGAAUCGAAGAUUUGUAGUUUCGACCGCGCUUGUUAUUCGUUCACUGCCCAAGGCACCAAGUUCUAGUGGCAUGGACGGGGACCAUGUCAUUCUUGGGCUCACUGGAAACGCCAAACUUGGGCAGACAGAUGACAAUGCUCUAGGGCAUGGCGAAAAGGGCAGAGCUGGUUUUGACGGCGUGGACAAGCCUAUUCAUGAUCCCAACCUGAAUGAUGACGACGGAAAACCUCGCCGCAAAGGGACAGUCAUUACUUCGGCAGCCCAUAUUAUAACGGCUGUCAUAGGUUCUGGUGUUUUGGCGUUGUCAUGGAGCUUCGCACAAAUGGGGUGGAUUGCAGGACCAAUUGUCCUUCUUGCUUUUGCUUGGUGUACCUACUACACCUCUCGACUCCUCGCUGAUUGUUAUCGGUCCCCCGACCCUAUCCACGGGAAGCGUAACUACAUAUACAUGGAUGCUAUCAAAGCUAAUUUAGGGAGAAAGCAGCAGUUGGUUUGUGCUUGUGUUCAAUAUAGUAACCUUAUUGGCACAAGUAUUGGCUACACUAUUGCCACUGCAACCAGUGCCAAGGCAAUUCAGUAUCAGAAUUGUAUUCACGACAAUGGACCUGACGAUCCAUGCCUGACGUCAACAACAGUUUACAUUGCGAUAUUUGGAGUCAUCCAGAUAGUCUUAUCACAAAUUCCAAAUUUUGGCGAGCUUUGGUGGCUUUCUUACCUUGCUGCUGCUAUGUCGUUCACAUAUUCCUUCAUUGGGUUGGGACUCGGUAUCUCAAAAGCUGCAACGGGAGAGAAUUCUCAUGGAAGUUUGGGCGGUACAUCCGUUUGCUAUCCUUCAAAUGGUGAAACAUGCUUCACACGACCACAAAAGACGUGGAAUGUGUUCACCGCUCUUGGAAAUAUGGCUUUCGCAUACUCUUUCUCCAUGAUACUUAUCGAGAUUCAGGACACAAUAAAAAGUCCCCCUUCUGAAUCCUCUCAGAUGAAAAAAGCCACGUUACUUGGAAUCAUAACCACGACAUUUUUUUACAUGUCGGUGGCCAUAGCUGGGUACGCGGCAUUUGGUGAUGCUGCACCAGGGAAUUUGCUCACUGGAUUCAGUACUCCAUAUUGGCUUGUGGAUUUUGCUAACACCUGCAUUGUGAUCCAUCUUAUCGGUGCCUAUCAGGUUUACACUCAACCUGUAUAUGCCUUCGUGGAGCGAUGGUGUUCUCUGCGAUGGCCCAACAACUCAUUUCUCAACCUGGAGUAUAAUGUUAGACUGCCAGGAAGGCGCAAUUUCAGAGUGAGCGCAUUCCGCUUGAUCUGGCGUACCAUUUACGUCAUUAUCACCACCAUAAUUUCAAUGUUAAUCCCAUUUUUCAACUCUGUUUUGGGAAUCCUUGGGGCCAUUGGGUUUUGGCCAUUGACAGUUUAUUACCCGGUGGAGAUGUACAUUAGGCAAACGCACGUGCAGAGAUGGAGCCAUUUUAAUAGGAGAUUGCAGACGAGCAUUUUAUUCAACCUGCUCGUGCUACUGUGUGAUGGGUAUUAUGAGGGCGGUUGAGGACAAUUCAGCAAGGUAUAACAUUGUUCUUAAACCAGUGUGAGAAAGUUACUUGGUAAAUGGAAUUGACCAGUCACUUCCGAACCAAGAACAAACACUUUGUGCAAUCAUGUUUAAGCCAGAAGCCCUUAAAGUGGGAACAACUCUUUCUACUUACA